AUGGCCCCACGAUGGACGUCCUGGAUACCAAAAAAGGGAAGCUUCGCACGACAAUUUGGCCACUACCUCUUUCGAUACGCGACCUGGCUCCCGGCAUUUAUAUGGUUCAAUUCCUACGUUGCGCAGGUGACGCUUGUCAACGGGCCAAGCAUGUACCCGUUUUUGAACAGGGGGUAUAAUGAGGGUUUGGGGAGGGAUUGGUGUUUGGUUUGGAAGGCUGGGGUGAGAGAGGGGUUGAGGAGGGGGGAGGUGGUGACUUUUAGGUAUGUUUGUCUCAUGGGGAGGGAGGGAGGUGAGGGGAAGGGUAAGGGGAAGGGGAAGGAGAAGGGAAGGGGGCGGCGGUUUUGGCUAAUGAUGGGAACAGGAGCCCAACUGAUCCGGAUAAGAUUGUGGUCAAGCGAGUGGUGGGUUUGGAGGGGGAUAGGAUUAUACCGAAGCCGGUUGCGACUUGGGGGACGGACGGGCCGACGAGGAAGGUGUUGUAUCCGGUUGGGAUGGUGGUGCCGGAGGGGCAUGUUUGGGUGGAGGGGGAUAAUAGGGAUAGGAGUAGGGAUAGUAAUUACUAUGGGCCGGUCAGUGCGGGUUUGGUUACGGGACGGGUGGUUUAUGUUUUGA